AUGUUGACUCUGCGCAGUCUCGGCGCCCUCGGCGCCCUCGUUGCCGUCGCCAAGGGCUGCGAGAAGGACCCGAUGCUCGAGGACUGCGAGUACAACCCUUACGUCAAGGUCGAGUACCAGCCCGUCGUGUCCGUCUGCCGCAGUGGCGAGAGAAUCACCACGGCCAACCUCUGCACCUUCACCCGGGAGCAUACCAGGAGCGCCUUCAAGCCCGUCCCGACCAACGACGACUGGGAGCACGCGCGCAAGAACCGCAAGCACGACGACAACCGCGAGAAGCCUAACCCUUGCACGUACGGCCACACCUACUCCUGCUGCCAUGUCCUGACCCGCAACCAAUGCGGCGUCAGCCAGGAGGAGUGUGUCGUCUACGAGGAGGAGAAGAAGCGCCCGAAGAAGCACCACCCCGAGAUCGGAUCCAACCCAUGCACGUGGGGUCCGUCUUACUGGUGCUCUUGCCCGUCCCACCUCACCGAGUGCAACGUCCCACCUUCCGUCUGCAAGGACAAGAUUGGCGAGGAUCCCUGCACCGAGGGCCCCGCCUUCUGGUGCUCCAGCCCUGCUCGCAUGCGCCAGUGCCGGGCCACACAGGCUGACUGCGACGAGCUCAUCGGCUCCGACCCUUGCACUUGGGGUCCCGCCUACUGGUGCUCCAGCCCCAAGCACAUGGCUCAGUGCAAGGUCUCGCCCGCCGACUGCGCCAGCUUCACCUCUACCGCCACCGGAAGGCCCACCAACACUGCUAUUGGCGGCAACCCUUGCACCGAGGGCCCAGCCUACUGGUGCUCCAGCCCCGCACACAUGCGCGAGUGUGGUGUGACCCCUGAGAUCUGCGCUCGUUAUACCUCCACUGCCACGGCCACUGCCACCACCACGGCCAUCGGAAGCAACCCCUGCACGGAAGGCCCGGCCUACUGGUGCUCCAGCCCUGAACACCAGAUCGAGUGCGGUGUGCCUCCGGGUUACUGCGACCGCUUCUCAACUGCCUCGUCUACCGUCGGUCCCACGUCUGGAGCUACGUCUGGAGCCACCUCCGGAGCCACCUCCGGUGCUACCUCUGGAGCCACUUCCGGUGCCACUUCCGGUGCCACCUCUGGAGCCACAUCCGGCGCGACGAGCGGUGCUACCUCCGCUGGCACUUCCGCUGCCACGUCGGCUGGCACCUCCGCUGCCACCUCCGCUGGUACAUCGGCUGCCACCUCCGCCGCUACGUCGGCUGCUACCUCUGCCGCUACGUCGGCCACCACCUCCGCCGCCACCUCCGCCGCUACUUCGGCCGCAACCUCUGCUGCGACGACCGCUGCCACUUCGGCCGCGACAACCGCCGCUACGUCGGCUGCUACCACGACAUAG